UGUGUUUAUUUGUGUACUUUGUGCAAAAUCGAAUUGUGUUUAUUUGUGUAUUUUAGUUGACUAACAUGUCGGUUUUGUUGGCGGACAUUGAUGCCACUUGUGCCGCGUUAGGUUACAGCGAUGGCCAGCGGUAUCAGGCGGAGCCCGAUGCCGCCGAAGGUUUAAAGCAUUUGAUUUGGAUUUUGCGUCGGGAUCUGGACAAUCAUGAGUAUCGUCGCCACUUGGGCCGCGCCAAGGUGCUGCAAACGGAUCUCGUGUACAUGCUGCCCGAUUAUGUGGAGCAGGAAGAGUUCGCAGACCUGCUCAUCCGUCUGCUGGUCAUUCUGACCAAUCCUACGUUGCUGCUCUAUCGCGACGGUCCACCCAAGGACAAUCAUGGACGGAAAGUGUAUCUGGAGCUUAUAGACAUACUGCAGGGCUACAAAGCCGCCUUUGCCAGGGACAAAAUCUGGAUUGCGUUGUUCAAUAAACUCAAGCAGGCCUUGGAAAUAGCUUUUGCCGUACGCAGCGAGGAGAACAAUUUGUUGAUUGAACGCAUUCUAGUGCUGGUUAGGAAUGUGCUGCAGGUGCCCGCCAAUCCCGAGGCCGAGUGCCGGGCGGACAACGAUGCCAGUCUUCAUGACCAGGUCAUAUGGGCACUGCAUCAGACCGGCAUGCUGGAUCUAGUGCUGUUCGUCAUCUCGUCCCCCGACGAGGAGCAGUUCCAUCUGCACGGCCUCGAGAUUCUGUGUCUGCUCUAUCGCGAACAGAGUGCCGAGUCCUUGGCCGAUGCAUCGCUGCAGCGCAGCCUGAGCGAGAAGCAGCGCGACCAGCAAGAACUGCUGGCCGCACGUCGUCGGGAGCGGGCACGCCGUUUGGCGCGACCUCCAACUGGACGGCAUUCACGGUUUGGCGGCACGUAUGUCAUACGUAAUAUGAAAUCGGUAUCGGAUCGUGAUGUCAUUUGCCAUCAGCCAUUAGAACGUGUUACGGCCAUUGAUUUCGAUCGUGAGAAGCAGCGGCAGAAGCGUCCCUUUCGCGAGAUACAGGAGGAGGCGCAGGUGGCGCGACGCAGCGCCUUUACCGUCAGACUCUGCCUGCGCGAAUAUUGCAUCGAGGUGCUGCGCUCAGCUUACAACACCCUCGUCCGCCAGGUGCGUCGUGUGCUGGAACGCAGUGCCGGCUCGUCGAGUCACGAUGACUCCUAUCUAUUGUGGGCCAUACGAUUUUUCAUGGAGUUCAAUCGUUUGAGUGGUCUUCAACUGCAGCUAGUCAGCGAGUCACUGAGCGUGCAAUGCUUCCACUGGGUGCUGACGCGCAUGCAACACGACAUGGACAUGAUUCUGAGCGACAAGAAGCAAGCGCGUCUCUGGGCCAAGCGCUUGCAUGUGGCACUGCUGACAUUCCGUGAAUUGCUGCAAAGCUUGCUGGCACUGCAGAAGCUAAAGGAUGACAACAACGCACGCGCACUUUUCGAUAUGUUAUUGAACAAUGUGUGCUAUGUGCUCGAGUACCGGGAGACAAUACUGCAUUUGUUAAUGAACUACAAUGAGUCGCACAGUACAAAGGCCUUUCUGCGUGAUGUGGUCGAAACGGCGAAUCUGUUCAUGAAAAUGAUGGAGCGCUUCUGCAAGGAUGCGGUUGUGGUGCAGGGCAAGCGUCGCGUCCUCAAGCGAAAGAACCAGCCGGCUAAAGCGAAGAAGGCUACUGCAAAGGCUGCGACGCAGCCCACAGAGGAAGAACUAUCUAACAAAUGGGCUGAGAUGGCUGCGGGCGUGAGCACCCUUCUGUGCAAUGAAUUGGAAAUGCCCGAGGGGGACGAACUACCCAUACCAUUCGAUGCAGCUGCAGAAAAGUCCAUUGAUGAUCAGCGGGAGGACUGCAUGAUCCGCAUAAAUAAAUUGUUGCGCAUCGAGAAACUAGAGCAGGCCAUUGCUCUAUUGCGCGCUGCCAGGGAAGUCUGGCCGGAGAAUGAUGUGUUCGGUGCAAUUUCCGCUGCGCCGGAAGAGGAGCUGUUGCUGUUGCGUGAGAUUUUCAUGCACAACAUUACGACAGUUGAUGAGGCUCCGGCUCAGAAUAACGAUAAUGAAGGUGACAAUGAAGGCGAUGAUGAUGACGAAGAUGACUCAGAGAAUGAGGAAUUUGGUGAGCAGGAUAAUGGACUGACCGAAACGACAUUCAAAUUCGAGGAUUUUGCUCGCAGGCUAUUGAAUCCAAAAAUAGUGCGCGCCUGCACAGUGGUGCUCACGGAUUGGGCGCAAAUACCCACAAAAUCGCUGAAAGCCGCCGUUACCAUAUUGCACCGCAUUGCCUAUGGCUGCUGCUGCCCGGGCAUGCUCUACCAGGCUAAGCUGUUUCGCAUCUUUCAACAAGUCUUUGCAGUUGAACGUGACGCUCAUCAGGAGGAGCUUCGGCGUCUGGGCAUCUAUGUGGUGCGCAAAUUUGUCGAAGUUGCACCAACUAAUCCGAAAAUCUAUGCCGAGUUAUUAUUUUACAAAGGCAUCAGGGAGGCGAACGAGCUGGAGACAGGCUAUUGUGAUGCCUACGAAGCCGGCACCAAGGGAAGCUGGACCGAGGAGCAGGAGACCGAGCUGCGAUUUCUGUUUGAGGAGAAUCAGCGCAAUCCUGAAACUGAUAAGGAUGUGAUUGAUUGGAUUUUGGACAAUUUAGUCGACAAGACACGCACACGACGCGGCGUCCUGAAAAAACUGAAGGAAAUGGGUUUGCUGUUCAAGGCACCCACCAAGCGUUCCACCAAAGCAGCGGCGGGUGGCAAGAAUCAGUGGCAGCCGGAGGAGGAUGAGGAGCUAAGCGGCUUAUACGAUCAGCAUCGCACGGAGGCGGAUUGCCUGGAGCGCAUUGUGCAUCAGUUUGGAAUUCGACGGAGCAAACAGCAGAUCAUCAAGCGCAUGAUACAGUUGCAUCUCAUAGCAGAUAAAUCGGAGAUAAUGCCCCCCAAAAGGAACAAACGCCAGUCAAAGAAGCAGAAGAGUCAGGAGGACGACGAUGGUAGCGAUGCCGAGUUCAUGGAGGAGCCUGUAUUUGGCGCUGUGCGUAAACCCACCAAACCCAGCAAGGGGCCAAAAAAGGCAAAGCCGCGUAAAAUAGUCCGCACACCUCUGGAUAUCGGUACAGUUCGUGCGCUUAUCUCUCAGGUAGAUGCGGAGCACUAUCAAGCCGCCCUUGACUGGCUGCAAGAGUGUCUGGAAGAGGCCAGCGAGGAUUGUGAAGAGGCCGCCGAAGAGGAUGAUGGCGUUCCGCUGCUGCCACUGCUGGAUGUGCAAAAGGACGCCAUGGAAUUGGGCGCUUUUCAGAAGGUGUUGGUGGCGCUGGGCAUACAGCCGCCCAUUGCCGGCAUGGAGAACUAUUGGCGCAUACCAACCUAUUUGAAUGCAGCCGAUUUGAAGCUGCGCGCCCAAAUCGUUGCUGGCGACGAGGUGGCACAGUUGGAGGCUAAUGAUGAAGAGAAUGAAAGCAGCGAGUCAGAAGCGAACGAUGAGGAAGUGGAGGAGGAGGAGGAGGAGGAGGAGGAGGAGGAUUACCUGGACAAGCGCAGAAAGCAGCGUUUAGAGGAGGUUGCAAAUAUAUCGGCACAGCAACAGCUAAAGCUAGACAGCCUCAUGUACAACGAAAGCGAUGCUGAAGGCGAACAGCGCUUUCCACCAAAGGCCGCCAAAAAAACUAAAGGAAAGAGGCAGCGCAAGCAACAAAAGAGUGACAACGAAGAGCAGGAGCUGGAAGAAGUCGCAGAAAUUUCGCGCAAAUUGUCGCGCAAAAAGCGACAGGCUGCUGUGUCCAGCGAGGAAGAAGAGGAUAAGGAUGUAGAGGGUGCUGACUUUGGCUUGAAGCAGCCAAGUAAACCCAACACGGAUGAUUUAUUUGAACAAUUGAAAGCUAAGCGCACCACUAAAAUCAAACUGGCCGAUAUGGUUUUAAAUGAGUCAACAAGGGCUGCGGCUCUCGAAAAGAAUGGCAACGGCGCUGAGGGUAACGAAGAGCAUGAGGACGCCGAUGCAUUCAAUUUUAACUCGGAGGACUAUCGUGCACGUUUGCUAGAGCUCGAGCAGGAUGAGCAGAAUGAGCAGCAAGCCGAGAUAGAGGGGGCUGAGCACAACAAAGAGAAUAGCAACGCGGCUGGCAAGUCGAGGCGAACACGUCGUGCUAAUGUAAUUGACUCGGAUAGCGACAAUGAUGAUGAUGAUGGCGCUGGUGAAGCUGGCACCGUGCCUGCAGACACGACAAACAAACGCCCACGCAGUGACAAUGAACAAGAUGUCGGGCAGAGUGACGAGCAGAAGGAUCCGGACGAGGACGAGGAUGUCAACUUUCUUGCGCGCAAAAAACCAACUGCGAAGCGCAGUGGCCAGGAACCCGCCAAACGUCGUCGUCUAGCCAUCAUCGACGAUGAUGAGGACGACAAUGAUUUUUAA